UGAAAGCUGUUGCUAAAGUCAGUGAAUGAAGACAGGAGAGAAAGACCUCAACAGUAAAAACAGAGGCUGAAAACUCCUUAAGCUGUUGAAACCCAAGGAAGAUGCAUCUUCGCAGGGAUGAAGCGGAAGAUGAAUAUGGAGGAAAAGGCGAAGGAGGGCACUAGAAAGGGUAGAAUCCCAUUGAAUGGCACUGGUUUUGUAUCGUUGUGGACUCCUCCUGGAUGAAAAAACAGAAAGUUGAGACUUGGAGGGGAAGUUGAUCGAAUUCUGCAAAGGAGCUUCUUAAAGGCAUCAGGCGGAGAAGUGCGCAGUAUCAGACAGUGGCCAGUCUGGUGACAUACGGCUAUUACCAUGAACUACCCCCUAACCCUGGACAUGGACCUCAUGAACUACAACCUGGAGGACCUGUACAAGGAACUGGGCAACUACAAUGACAGUACGGAGACCCCCGUAGUGGAAAACCACCUCUGCUCCACAGUCGAGGGGCCCCUCCUGACCUCCUUCAAGGCUGUGUUCAUGCCCGUGGCCUACGGCCUCAUCUUCCUCCUGGGAAUGAUGGGCAACAUCCUGGUGCUGGUGAUCCUGGAGCGGCAUCGGCAAACGCGCAGCUCCACCGAGACCUUCCUGUUCCACUUGGCGGUGGCUGACCUCCUGCUGGUCUUCAUCCUGCCCUUCGCUGUGGCCGAGGGCUCCGUGGGCUGGGUCCUGGGCACCUUCCUCUGCAAAACCGUGAUCUCUCUGCACAAGGUCAACUUCUACUGCAGCAGCCUGCUCCUGGCCUGCAUCGCUGUGGACCGCUACUUGGCCAUCGUCCACGCCGUCCACGCCUACCGCCACCGCCGCCUGCUCUCCAUCCAUAUAACCUGUGCGACCAUCUGGCUGGCGGGCUUGUUCUUCGCCUUGCCAGAGAUCCUCUUCGCCAAGGUCAGUCAGCCCCACCACAAUGACUCUCUGCCACGCUGCACCUUCUCCCAGGAGAACCAAGCCGAAACCAAUGCCUGGUUCACCUCCCGCUUUCUCUACCAUGUUGGAGGAUUCCUGCUGCCUAUGCUGGUGAUGGGCUGGUGUUACAUAGGGGUGGUGCACAGGCUGUGCCAGGCCCAGCGGCGCCCUCAGCGGCAGAAGGCGGUCAGGGUGGCCAUCCUGGUGACAAGUGUCUUCUUCCUCUGCUGGUCACCCUAUCAUGUUGUCAUCUUCCUGGACACCCUGGCAAGACUGAAGGCUGUGGGCAAUAGCUGUGAGCUGAACGGCUAUCUCUCCGUGGCCAUCACUGUGAGUGAGUUCCUGGGCCUGGCCCACUGCUGCCUCAAUCCCAUGCUCUACACUUUUGCGGGCGUGAAGUUCCGCAGUGACCUAUCACGGCUUCUGACCAAGCUGGGCUGUACCGGCCCUGCCUCCCUUUGCCAAUUCUUCCCAAGUUGGCGCAAGAGCAGUCUCUCGGAGUCAGAGAACGCCACCUCCCUCACCACCUUCUAGGUCCCAGCCCCACUGUGUUUCUGCUUUCCUUGGGGCAGGCAGUGAUGCUGGAAUGCCUUCCAACAGGAGCUGGGAUCCUAACAGUUGACCUUGGCCAGUGUCCUUGUAUGAGCAGCUGGAGGAGCCAACCCCUCUUUCCAGGACAUCCUUGCCAGCUCUUCUCCCAGCCCCGUGCCUAGGAUGGGGUCCAGGGAGGGGAAAGCAGCCCAAAGGCAAAGCAAAGGCUACCUGUGCCCGGCUGCAUCGGGGCUGAGAGGACCACACUCGCCUUCUCGCAUCCUAACCAGCCAAAGAUCAAGAAACAACUUUUACUUCUGCCCCUCCCCUUAGGGAAAGUCAACCUCUCCCAGAACAUACUCCAUCAUCUUAUGGGCCACUGACCUCCACAUCCACCCACCUCUCCUGCUAAAAGGAGCUAGAAGCUGAGCACCAGGGAUGGAUGGAGGUUAAGGCUGAGGAAAGGCCAUCUGGCAACAGAGUGUGGCCUUAAAGUGUCCCGGUGCCUAACAAGCACAGACAUUCUGCCAGGCCACCAGCCCAGAGGCAUGUUGACCAAGCAGGAAGCUCAGACUGUCCCAGCCCGGGUAGCUGCCCUGGGCUCUGACCAGAAUGGCGCUGGGCCAGCCCCAUGUCACUGGGCCCUGGGAGGUCUGCAGACUGAAGGCAGACUCCAGGCACCCUCAGAGACCACCCAGUGUCCUAGGGAAGAACUAAGGCCAGCAGAGAGGAGCCCGACCAAGGAAAAAAGAGAUUCUCCUUUCCCAGCUCCAAGGAGGAACAAGUAUAAACCAAAGCCAGCUGUCUUCCCUGCCCAGGGAGGAGAGCCCCCAGCGUGGGCCUGAGGCGGCAGGGUCUGAGGCCCUGUGGGUCCGGGCACUGAUAGGGAAGGAGGCAGACUCAUUUCUCCCUGCCCCUCUCCCCCACAAACUACACAGCCAGGGGAACAGAGAGGAUCCGACCACAGCAGAGGGCGCCAAGAGUCAGAGAAGAGGUGGGGACCUCCUGAGGAGAGAGACAGACUAAAGAGGCCUCUGGGGGUCAUGUCAUUCAGCUCCCACCCGCAGGCCAGGCCAUCCCACUGAGCCUCAGCACGCACCACGCGGCAUCCCCUUGGCCUAGGUAGUGUGACAGGCACGCCUGGGCAGGGAAGUCCCCAGGCUCCAGGAAGCUGAGAGGGUACUACUCUGAUGAAACCAGAGGAAGCGGCUCCUCGCCUGCCUGCCCCUGCCCCCUGCCUGGGGAGGGCUCUCCCUCCCUCCUCCCCAGCCUCUGGUCUGACCAGGGUGGGGACAUCAGCGACCCCUGCACUUGCUGAGGGCACACAUCAGCCACCCAAUCCCACUCAAACCAGUCAGCCAAACCAGUCUCCCUAGGAGGCCCCCCAGGAGAGAUCAGAGCUAUGACCCAGGGGUCUGUGUCUUCACCAUGGAACACUGGGGAGGCCCUGGGGCCCCCUUUUCCUCCCAGCAUCUAGUAGUAAGCUGGGCAGUGGAGGCACCAGACAUGGAAGCAAGAAAGCAAGAAGCCGGAUUUUUAAUUUUCUCUUUUUAAUAAAAAGGCACCUAUAAAACAGGUCAAUACAGUACAGGCAGCACAGAGACCCCCGGAACAAGCCUAAAAAUUGUUUCAAAAUAAAAACCAAGAUGUCGUCUUCACA